UUUUUGACUGCUACAAUUCCCUAUGUUUUUCUUAAUCAUCCUAGGCACGAUACUCUUUACAAGUUAAUUAUCAUGCAUAUUGAAACUUCAACCGAUUUUCAUCUUAUGGUGGAUAAAUUCAAGUUUCAUUACCUCAAUUGGCGUCCUUUUACUGUGAGCGAGAGAGCGGAGAAUGUUGAAAAGAAAAGAUUUAAUGGAUAUGGUUUUACUAAAUAUGAACUUUCAAAUAUUCACAAUCCAAAUGUGAAGUUUCUUGUUCAAUGGGUACACAAAGACAAUUUUGAUGUGCGUGUUCAGCCUUGUAUUUUGAUUGAAAGAAUGAAGGGACAGGAGAUUAAAUCGCUUCUUGAUGAGUAUAAUUAA